UUCCAUGGCAAUCUAUCUUCGCUCUCAUCAUAACAUUUUUUUAACAUUUUAAGUAAAAAAUCAACGAUAAGAAACGUUUCCGUGUCUGUCACUCGUGACGCGCGCUAUCUGUAAAUUUGAGGCGUAAAACAGGAAUAAUAGAGAUAAAGAGUUGCUAGAGAGAGGGGCGAGGAGGGUGUUAUCAGGAAGGUUUUGUUAGUUUAUCACACUAUUGAAAGCUACUUGAGUUCGGGCAAGCAGCCAAUUGCUGAAACAUUUAAAGAACUGACACGGAUCGUAUUUUUCCGUCGUUUUUUGCUGUCACUUCGUACAGUUAAAUAAAUAAUUGAUUCAGUGUUAUUAGUGCAUGUGAAAAUUAAGUUUUUGUAGUCACACCGUCGUAUGAUCAUAACGAUCGUUAAUCAAGGAAAAAUCAACCUACUCAUUCAAUUGGACAAGUAAAAACUUAAAGCAGCUGUUGAACAAGUUCGGAGGAUGGAACCAACGAGAUACGGAAAUAGUGACGAUAACCAUGUCAAGCUCAUUGUAAAAGCCCCAAAUCAGGAAAUCCAAGAUCAAAUCAUUGAGUGUACACUCGAAUGGACUGUCGCCAGACUCAAGGAUCAUCUUUUUCAAGUUUAUCCAACCAAACCCAAAGUAGAAGAGCAAAACAUAAUAUUGAUGGGCCGACUACUCAACGACUCAAUGAUAUUGAGAGAUGUUUUGCAUCCAGAGCACAGCAUGGAAAGCAAUUUAUUAAUAAUUCAUUUAGUAUGUAGAAAUGAUGAGCGAACAUCAUUGCCAGAUCAAGAGAAGUCAUGUGGAAGUAACGAUUCGGUGGACACCAAUAGCGAAGGUUCAGCACAUGUUACGGCAGGAUCGAGAUUCGUCGAACCUUCGGUGCUAGAGCAAUAUUACAGUCAGCUUAGCAAACAACAAAUAGCAUGGAUGCAACAAGCGUACGCGCAUUAUUUCACCCGGUAUAUGCAAAUUAUGGCUGCUCAAGGGAUACAAGUCGAAAGCAAUCCAAUGUUCAUGCAGACCAAUGAUAACACCAGAGCAACCGAAAGCAUGUACAAUAAUGUUAACAUAACGGCAAACAACCACAACAAUAUUCAAAACAAUAACGAAGUCGAUCAGCGUCCAGAACUCGCUCGAAUUGGAGGUGGCCUUGUUGGUCAACCUGAAGCAGAUGCCAACAAUGAUAAUAACAAUGGGCCGGCAAAUGAUGCUGCCGCUCUGAAUCGUGAUUGGCUCGAUAUAUUCGACAUGCUUUCCAGGAUUGUUGUUCUUUCGAGCAUCGUGUAUUUUUAUUCUUCGCCCUCUCGUUUUCUCGUAGUGACUUUUCUCGGAUUCGCCAUUUAUCUAAUUCAAGGUGGAUUCUUCAGAGCUCAACCCGGUUUCCUUCCUGCUGAAAAUAACAAUGCCCGGAUUCCGAAUAACAAUAAUCAAGUUCGGCAAAAUGAUGCUGCUCCACCUGCUGAACAAGCCCCAACGCCGAUUCAUCGAGUACAACCGACUUUGGUUUCCGGUGGUGAUGAGCAAGCGGAAACGAGGACGAAUUUGAACGAGGAAAACGAGAGGCCUGGUGCUUGGGCUUUUACUUGGACAUUUUUCAGUUCCUUCUUCGCGUCGCUUAUACCUGAUCAACCGAACGUUAUUUAAUCACUAUAAAAUUUCAAUUAAAAGAAAAAUUAUUCCGUUUAUUUUUUAUUGUCAAUUAUUCCAGCCCCCAAAAGCUUGUGAAUCGUACGUCCGUUGCCGUUGGUGAUAUCCAUUUUGUACGAGUAUUGAGCAGCAAUAUUCGUUCGGGAAAUCCAGUUGAAAAUACUGUAUUAUAUUGUUUGUGUUAUCGAAAUAUUUUGUCAUGUGGAAAAAUUUCUAUCAAUGCGAAUUUAUUCAAGCGCUUUAUACGCUUUCGUUUUGCUGAUUCCGUUUGGAAAUUGUACGUACUCGCGAACCUUCUUCACAGAUUUUUCAAUAUAUUUCAAAUGACUAAUAUUUUUCACAUUUCUCUCUACGAUAUGAUUGAUUACAUCAUGGAUACGUUCGAUGUAUAUGUAUAUAGAUUAUUUAUACGUAUAUAUUUAUAAAACGUAUCCGUGCAACGUUGAAAAUGAAAAAGAUUAUGCGUCAACGGACAAGUUGACAUUAUUCCAGGGAGAUGAAAUAUUAUUAUAAUCUUUGUGUGUAUAUGUAUAUGUAUAUAUCCAAAAGAAUGUUGAAUAAAUACUGUAUAGAAUUGCUAGGAUCUUUCAAUUUCGUUUGGGAAAUAUGUGUAUAGAGUUAAUAAGAGUAAUUAUGUAAUGGCUACAGUUCGCAUUAUUAAUAAGUGAGAGUCUUUGUGCAAUAAACGCAGUUCCGUAA